UCUCUCAUGAGGGUCAUGCAUCAGUUGCCGAAAGUGCUCACAGCCUGACCAUGUCCCUGGCUGAGGCCAUCAGCCUCUGGAAUGAAGGGGUGCUGGCAGUCGACAAGAAAGACUGGAAGGGAGCCCUGGACGCCUUCACCGCCAUCCAGGACCCCCACUCCAGGAUUUGUUUCAACAUUGGCUGCUUGCAUACAAUCCUGGAAAACAUGCCCGAGGCAGAGAGGGCCUUCUCUAGAAGCAUCAACCGAGACAAGCAUUUGGCGGUGGCCUACUUCCAACGAGGCAUGCUCUACUACCGGAUGGAGAAGUAAGUGGUCCAGCAUUGCAUGAGCCGGGGAAGUGCUCAGAGAAACCUGGAGAAGGUCUCAGUGCUGCUAGACGGGAUGUUCGAUAAGUAUCCUCCUCGCCUCUGUUGGGACCUUCUCUGAGCAGUUAUGCGAUAAAUCAGCAUGAGGCAAAAGCCUUCCCCUGGGAGGGAAGACAGGCCUGCCACCUGGUCACGAAGUCUUCCUCAAAGUCAAACCACAAAAGCAACCUGGGGAGAGAAAGCCUGGGACUGGGGGGAGACGUGCAGGCGUUCGCCUUUCAGCGGCAUCAGGCUGUCUCCCUUCUUAACGUCCUGCGUCUCAGUCCCCCUUCCCUCAUCUCCUAUGUUCUCCAGAUGUACAGAAUAUACAGGCAGCCUGAGCACAAAUCCUCCAGUGGAUCUUUAAUCUUAAAAGACAAGCUCUAAGGCCAUCCUCUAAUUAGCUCUAACAGCCUAUCGUGAGGAGAGACACUGGCAAGAGAGAAGCCUCCCAGGAGAAAUUUCUACGUGAAAAUGCCCAGAAAUCCACGUCUGAAAGGCUUGAAAGACCUAGGAAUAAGAUCUAGGAUUCAAUUAGUCUGCAACUGGUUAAAUAGUAGUUAAAACUGAGAGAAAAAUCUACCAAAUUUUUACCAACAGCUACCGAUGGAGGAAAUAAUAUAAACGAGGCAUCGUUCUUCACCUUUGAGUUGCCUGCUUUGUUUUUGCUCCAUCCGUAGACAUUGGUGUCCCCCCUUCCGAGGUUCUGCUGUUGACCCUUUUCCCUUUUAUCCUUAUAGCAGUGGUUGUUACAUGGUGACACGUAUGGGUUAUCUUCCCAGAAACACACAUACAAGGGUAUACAUAGUUUUAUGUGCAAUUUCACGGGGGUUCAGUGUCCUCUGGAAGUCCACAGAGGAACCCUUAGGGAUCCCACCCUCGUCCCAGAGCGGGUCCGCCAUGUGUAAGCAGCUGGCCACUAAAUCUCUACCGGGGAUCAACCCAGAAUCUCUUCCUAUACCUUGCCAAGUUGACCUCUUGAAUUCGCCCAUUCCUCCCCGUUCUGACCAGCGCUGCCCAGGUUUAGAGCCUCAUUUUUCACCAGGGCUAUCACUUCUAAACCAGUUUCCCAGCCACCACCAGUCUUAUCUUCUCUAAUCGCAUUCCAGAGUGAUCUUUAAACAAUCAGUGUGAUUCUGCUUCAGAACUUCCAGUGACUCCCAUUAGUGGAGGACAAAGGCCGAAUUCCUCUGCCUGUUCCUCUGCGGUCCAGCCACUGCCUACCCCCUCAUUCAUCUUUCUGCCCGUCUGCCCCGGCCACACUCAACCCCUCGGGUGGCAACCACUCUCUGUUGUAUCUCCUUUUGUAACAUCCGUCUUCUCUAUGACAGAGUUUUGCUCACAUAUUUGUCUUCUCUGCUGCUCUGUGGGUUCCUUGAGAGAAGAAAUCUUUAU